AUGUCUGAUGAGGAAGAUUUCUUAUCUGAAGAAUCAUAUGAAUUUGAGUUUGAAGAAGAUGAAGACGAGGAUGUAGAAGAAAAUGAAAAUCAUCCGGAUUAUGGAGUGGAAAAUAAAUAUUACAAUGCAAAAGGUUUGAAAGACGACGACACAGAUGGAGCCAUAAGAGAAUUUAAAGCAAUAGUAGAAGCAGGCUUGACAGAUCAAGAUAAUAUUGAAUGGAUAUUUAAAUCAUAUAAGCAGUUGAUGAAGAUCAACUUCAGCAAGCAGAACUAUGAUGAGACUCUCAAAUACUUCGAGAAAUUAACUAAAUUAAUGCUGAAGGUUAAUAGAAACUAUGCAGAGGAAUCUAUGAGUAAAAUAUUGAAUAAUUAUUCUCUUGCAAAUGAUAAACAAUUCGUCUCUAGGUUAUAUGAUAUAAUCUUGGAAUUUUUGGAAAAAUCAAAUAGAUCAGAGCAAUACAAUGAUAGGUUAUGGUUAAAGAUAAAUAUUAAUAAAUUGAAUAUACUAUUGGAAAAUAGAGAAUUUGAUAAAUGUGCUGGCUUGAUUGAACUGAUAAAUAACACGCUACAGCUUGUAUCAGAAACAACAAGGAAUUCAUAUUCCCUAGAGGUAAUAGCUGCCGAAAUUGAAUACUAUUCACAACUGAACAGAGCUAGUCUUUCAGAAUUGAAUCAAUUAUAUAGAAAAAGUAUGACAAUCACAACAGCUGUAACACACCCGAAAAUUAUGGGAACUAUUCGAGAAUGUGGUGCAAAGGUUCAUUUCUAUAGGGGUAAUUUUGAAAAGGCAAGACUAGAAUUCUAUGAAUGUUUUAAAAAUUUUGACGAGACUGGUUCUCCGUUAAAGAAAAAGAUACUCAAGUACUUAGCACUUUGUUCUAUGUUAGCUGAAAAUGAAGUCAACCCAUUUGAGUCACAAGAAACUCAAACGUAUUCCCAAUUAUCAGAAUAUACCAACUUAAUUCUUCUCCUUAAAUGUUAUGAUGAAUUAGAUUUACAUGGUUUCAAUGGAAUUAUAAAUAAAAUUAAAGAUGAGAACGACCCAUUAGCCAAUGAUGAAAUUUUCAAUUUUGCUUCAAAUAGGAUUUUAGAGAAUUUGAGAUCCAAAAUAAUAUUAAAUUUGUUGAAGUCAUAUAAAAUAAUCAAGUUUGAGUAUAUAACAAAGAAGUUGAAUAUUAAUCAAGAGCAACUAGAAGAAAUGAUAUUGAAGUUAGCAAGCAAAGGAAAGCUAUUGAAUGCAAAGUUGGAUUUCAUAGGGGGAUAUAUUGAAAUUGACUCAAAGCAAAAGAUAAGUCCCUUACCAUUAACAAUUGAUUCAAAGGAGAUUUAUUUUAAUAUGAAAUGUUUAGAUGCGAUUAAUAUGAAUAGCGUUGUCUCGAAUAAUAAUAGUGUCUCUGAUAUCAAGUAUGACGUGGAUGAUAGUAUGGAAAUUGAUACUGAUUCAAGACCAAGAACCGCAACUUCUAUUUUCGAGCAAGAUGCAUCAUCUCCAUUUUUCAAUAAGGUACAACGUAGAGAAUCUAUUCUCUCAAAAUUCUUGUUAUUUAACGACAUGCCUACACUUGAAGAAGAAUGGUUUACUGUGAUUGACCCUUGGUACAGAUACAUAUCAAGUGCAAUUCCUGCCCAAAUGAAAGAUUCAUUAUCUCAGAAGGAUCAAAUAUUUUCUGAACAGCGUGCUGAAAAUGCAUCUAACAAUAAUCUUGCUAGUAUGAAUGUUAAUGAGCCUACCGCAGAUAAUUCUCAUAGAAACAGUGUUACACAGAAAUCUGCCAAUAUGGCACAAAUAGCUAUGGAUGAUAGCAAGGGUUUCUCAGGAAUCGAUAGAGUUGAUAUCUUAAUCAACUGGUGCAGAGAGCUCAGGAAUUAUCAAAAUAAAUUGAGUACUAACUAUAACUGA